ACAUAUUAUGAGAAGUGAUUAGGCGAGGCAGACGGCAGAAGUGCUGGAGUUAGCAGACGUGUUUAUCGCAAAACAACAAAUUUUCAAAAUGAAUGGAGUGAGUAAUGGCCACAGUCCUGCAGCUUUACAGUGGAAAGUUGGACUGGUCAAUUAUGCAAACAAAUAUCUUACAGCUGAAACAUUUGGAUUUAAAGUGAAUGUUACAGGAGCGGCUUUAAAGAAAAAGCAGACAUGGACAUUGGAACAAGAUUUAAAUGAAGAAGUUGUAUACAUUAAAAGUCAUUUAGGAAAAUAUUUAUCAUCAGAUAAAUACGGGAAUAUGACAUGUGAUGCUGGUGAUGAUGAAUUUGAUGCAACCGCAAAAUUUGUGAUAGAAUAUGCCACCGACGGGUCUGGAAAGUGGCACUUCAGGAAUGUUCAGCAUGGUAAUUAUUUAGGUGGUACUGAUGAGAAUUUGAAAUGUUUUGCCAAAACUCCAACAAACGCUGAGCAGUGGACUGUGCAGUUAUCCAUACACCCUCAGGUUCAUUUGCGGAACGUCAACCGCCGACGCUACGCGCACCUAAACAAUGAUGAAAUACAGUGUACAGAGGUAACGCCAUGGGGACAAGAUGCGCUCAUCAUUCUGGAGUUUGUUGACGGCAAAUACGCAUUGAAGACUUGUGACAACAGAUAUCUUCAUAAAAAUGGUCAUCUAGUGGACAAUUUGGACAAUGACAGUUUAUUCGCUCUUGCAGUCAAAUCGGGACAACAUUCUGGACUAGCUUUUCAAGAUUCAGAAGGUCGCUAUUUAACAGCCGUUGGUUCCACGGCCUCAAUGAAAGGAAGAAACAAAACAAUAACAAAGGACGAACUGUUUACAAUAGAAGACAGCCAUCCACAGAUUAUUUUGAUAGCUUAUACAGGGAAAAAGGUUUCAACUAAACAAGGUGUUGAUAUAACAGCAAAUCAAGACGAAGAGACUGACAACGAAACAUUCCAAGCUGAAUAUGUCAAAUCACGUGAGAAGUGGGCCUUUAAAACAAUACACAAUAAGUAUUGGACGUUUGACCAGGUCACGUCCGGAGUACAGGACAAAUCUUCUGAAAUAAAAGCGGAAUGUUUGUUCGAUUUAGAAUGGCAAGGAGAUGGUUCAAUAGCAUUGAAAGCAUGUAAUGGUCUGUACAUAUUCAACAAACAAACCGGCUGUCUUCUGGCCCAGAGCACGACUAUUACAGAUAAAGAAAAGUUCAAAGUGAAGAUUGUCAACAGACCAUUACUAGUCCUUAAAUCAGAACAUGGAUUUGUUGGACAGAAAACCAGCACAAAUUUAGAAUACUGUUGCAACAGAGCCACUUAUAAUAUAAUCUUUAUGGAACCAAGUCCAGAGGGAGGGUCGUACAGGUUUAAAGGUACAAAUGGUAAAUAUUGGAGCCUGACAUCAGACAAUACUGUAAAUCCAAAUAGUGACUCCCCUGUAGAUUUUAUAUUAGAAUUUCAGCCAGAAUCAAAACUUACAAUCAAAGCACCAAAUGGAAACUUUUUGAAAGGUGAACAAAAUGGACUAUUCCGUGCACUUGCCGAGGACCAAGCUUCAGCUACUUUAUGGGAGUAUUAAACCAUUCCAGUAUCACUGACCAUUUAUCGUACAAUGUAUUUUGUAAAACUUUUGUAUAAAGCUAAAGAUUCUAGUCUUACAAGGAAAUCGCUUUUAUAGUAUUAACAGGAACAUUGACUUGAGAUGCUCAUAUUGUGCUUUUCAGAGAAUUAAAUUUAUAGAAAAACA